AUAGUAAGGUUAGAGUUGGAAGCGUAUGAUCCACUGAGUGAAGAUGAAGAAGUGAAGCGGCUUGAAAUCACCCGCGAAGCCGUUAGGAUAAGGCAGAGAGAGAAAAGGAAAACAAAAGAAGCAAUGGCGACUCUGCAAUUCACCUUCACCGACUCAACCUCCUCCUUCAGGUCUUCUUUACCUUCCUCGCGAGCUUCCUCUCGAAGCCGAACCCGAAGCCUCAUUGUCAAAGCCUCUUCUAUCGACUUCUCCAGAACCAGAAGACGCUUCAUCGCCGAAACCGCCGCAAUCUCCGUCUCGCUCCCUCACUUCGCGCCGGCCAGAGCCGAAGAAGCGCUUUCCGAGUGGGAGAGAGUUUACCUCCCUAUCGACCCCGGCGUCGUGCUUCUCGACAUCGCUUUUGUCCCCGACGACCCCAACCACGGUUUUCUUCUCGGGACGAGACAAACCAUUCUGGAGACGAAAGAUGGAGGAAACACUUGGGCUCCGCGUUCGAUUCCCUCUGCCGAAGACGAGGAUUUCAAUUACCGCUUCAAUUCUAUUAGCUUCAAAGGGAAGGAAGGUUGGAUAGUUGGAAAACCUGCGAUUCUUUUGUACACUGCUGAUUCUGGAGAAAGUUGGGAGAGGAUUCCUCUCAGUGCUGAACUUCCGGGGGAUAUGGUGUACAUAAAGGCGACUGGUGAGAAGAGUGCAGAGAUGGUGACUGACGAAGGUGCGAUAUAUGUCACUGCUAACAGAGGUUACAACUGGAGGGCUGCUGUCCAGGAAACUGUGUCAGCUACUCUUAACAGAACAGUUUCUAGUGGUAUUAGUGGUGCAAGUUAUUACACUGGGACUUUCAAUACUGUCAAUCGCUCUCCAGAUGGAAGGUAUGUUGCAGUCUCAAGUAGGGGCAACUUCUACUUAACCUGGGAGCCUGGUCAGCCAUUCUGGCAGCCUCAUAAUAGAGCAGUUGCCAGAAGAAUCCAGAACAUGGGAUGGAGAGCUGAUGGUGGUCUGUGGCUUCUUGUUCGUGGAGGCGGUCUUUAUCUCAGCAAGGGCACAGGGUUAACUGAAGAAUUUGAGGAGGUUCCUGUUCAAAGCCGAGGUUUUGGUAUUCUUGAUGUGGGAUAUCGUUCAUCGGAGGAGGCUUGGGCAGCAGGAGGAAGUGGUAUUCUCUUGAGAACUACUAAUGGUGGCAAGUCAUGGAUCCGUGACAAAGCUGCUGACAACAUUGCUGCAAAUUUAUACUCAGUGAAGUUCCUUGAUGACAAGAAGGGAUUUGUAUUGGGGAAUGAUGGAGUCUUGCUUCGCUACCUUGGAUAGAGUUGUAAUUCGACAUGGUUUGUUGCCUCGUUUGCAAUUUUGUAGCAGAUUACAUAUCCAUGCUUAACAUUCAUUAAUGUGGAGAGAGCUAUGGGAUCGAAUCGACUCCUUGCUGUUAUGCUAAAAAAAUGUGAGGAAGUAUAGACACAAACCUUACUACUGUAAAGAGAGCAAUAUUAUGUCAAUGUAAAAUUGUAAUUGCCAGGGUUACUAUUAUAUUAAAAUUCCAUUUUAUGCUGCAUGUGUUCAUUAUGUUGUACUGCAAAAGCAGGGUACUGUAAAAGUGCCUAUAUAAAAGAGUUUACCAUACGAGAUAUUAUAUCAUAA